AUGCGCAUAUUGGCGUCAUCUGCCCGCCUCGUGUCACGUUUGGGCACUACACGAGGAUGUGGAUUCAGUCCAUCUCCUGCCCGGACAGAACACCGACCAUCGACUGGCAAGUGGCAAGUGGGCUCUAGAACGACAACGACGGGUGCUGUUUAUUCCCUUGACAAAGUCAUCAUAGAUGAUCCCGAAACAGCCCUUGAGGUUGCUGCAAGACUGACAAGAUACGAGCAAGUAUUGUUACGUGAGGCGCUGGAGGAUUUAGCAGCACGUCAAGAACCUGUACGUGGAGUUUUAGAAGAUUCUGUUCCGAUGACUGAUGCCCAAACUCGCGCUUUGUUUCUCGUCAAUGCUCUGCCGUUUAUUGGAUUCGGUUUCCUCGACAAUAUGAUUAUGAUAAUCGCUGGAAAUUACAUAGACCAGGAGCUGGGCGCAUUGUUAUGUAUCUCAACAAUGGCUGCUGCAGGCUUCGGAAAUUUGAUCUCAGACGUAGCAGGCGUUGGUCUAGCUCACUAUGUUGAAAGCGUUUUCCACAAAGUCGGAAUCAGACACCCUGUUCUCACAUCUGAGCAACUGGGCAGUUCUAGGGACGUGAAUGGUAAGUUCUGA